AUGAGUACCCCGACGAAGCGUCGCAAGAAGAACGAUGGAUCCAGUCAGCCUGUCCGCAGCUUGGACUACUUCUUUGCGAAGCACAGACAAGAAGCGACGAAACCUGCAGAGGGAGCAGACUUCAAAGAUAUAGGAUCGAAAGAUGACUUGAAUGGCGACCAAGAUAAAUCAACUCUGACAGAUGAGGAGUAUGCGCGGAAGUUGCAGGCAGAGUGGAACGAGCAAGACCAGCAAGCCAGCAUGGAUGCACCAACCUCCAGCGGCCUCGACGAUGAACCCAAGAACGCCACCAAGCCUGAGACGAACGGCGAUGCAGAUGGCGAGGAGGAUUCACCUACACUACCAGGCCAGGAGAAGCCUACCAUCGAAUCUUCUAUGGACGCCGCACCGAAGAAGAACACGCUCUCGCUCCAAUCUGCCGCCGCGGCCGAAGACACUGUUUCCGCCAAUAUACCGUUCGACCAAAGCUCUCUUGACUUCGAUCCAGCGUUGUACAUACCGAAUCUGCAGAAACACUGGGCAGCAGAGGGUGGGCAUGCAACGUACGCAUUGCUUACGCGCUGCUUCGUGCUCGUCAACAGCACCACGAGUCGGAUCAAGAUCGUAGAUACACUGGUAAACCUCUUACGAACGAUUAUCGAGGGCGAUCCCGAAAGCUUGCUGCCCGCGGUGUGGCUAGCUACAAACGCGAUUUCCCCGCCGUACAUCGACCUUGAAUUGGGACUGGGCGGGUCGGCGAUAUCCAAGGCGCUGAAAAAGGUUUGCGGACUGGACAACGCAGGUCUGAAGACCUUGCACAAUAAAUAUGGCGAUCCGGGCGAUGUAGCUUUCGAGGCGAAGAAGCGGCAGUCGUUCACACUGAGGAAACCGAAGCCGCUUACGAUCAUAAGUGUAUUUGAUUCGUUGGUCAAAAUAGCGAAUAGCAAGGGACACGGAAGCGUGGAGAACAAACAAAGGAUUGUGGAAAGGCUUGUACAAGAUGCGAGAGGUGCAGAGGAAAGCCGAUACAUCGUGAGAACUCUGGUACAGCAUCUGAGGAUUGGAGCUGUUAAGACAACUAUGCUCAUCGCUCUGUCGCGGGCUUUCAUGCUAUCAAAGCCCCCAAAUGCCGAAUUCCAAACUCGUGAACAGACAGCAUUGCAGAAGUUGAAGAAGGAAGAGCUGGCCGAAAUAAACUCAAAGAACGAGGAGGUCGUCAAGGCAUGCUUUGCCCGGCGCCCUAAUUACAACGAUCUCAUCCCAUCGCUUCUUGAGAUCGGCGUCUGCGAUGAACUCCUCGUGCGAUGUGGUCUGGCCCUACAUAUACCACUUCGGCCCAUGUUGGGUUCAAUAACACGCGAUAUGGGUGAGAUGAUCACCAAGUUGCAGGGUCGAGAUUUUAGUUGCGAAUACAAGUAUGACGGACAGAGAGCGCAGGUACACUGCGAUGAGGACGGCAAGGUCUCAAUCUUCUCGCGACAUUUGGAAGUCAUGACGGACAAGUAUCCAGAUCUGGUCGCCCUGGUGCCCGAGAUACGUGGUGAAGGCGUCUCCAGCUUCAUUCUGGAAGGCGAAGUUGUAGCUAUUGACCGCGAAUCUGGCGAUCUGAGAACCUUCCAGACAUUAGCCAACCGAGCCAGAAAAGACGUAGUCAUAGGCAGUGUCACCAUCGACGUGUGUCUCUUCUCCUUCGAUCUCAUGUACCUCAACGGGGAGGAGCUGCUCGAUCGCCCUUUUCGGGAGCGCAGGAAUCUGCUCCGGAGCCUCUUCGUAGAGAUACCACAUCACUUCACCUGGGUCAAGAGCAUGGACGCGACAUCUGCCGACGUGGAGGCCGUCCAAGCAUUCUUCAAGAGCGCUCUCGACAUCAAAUGCGAAGGCAUCAUGGUCAAAAUCCUCGACAACCUCCCGAACCCCGAUCUUUUAGAUGACAACGACAUCCACACCGAGUCCACCCCUGCCCCACCAACUCCAAAGAAAAAGAAGGGAGCAAAGUCAAAAGCCUCCAAAGACACUAGCAACACUGACACCGCACCGGACGAACCCGCAAAAUCCCACGGUCGCCGCAAAGCGCUCCUCUCGACCUACGAACCCGACAAACGCCUCGACUCCUGGCUCAAAGUCAAAAAAGACUACAACACGACCUCCGAAACCCUCGACCUCAUCCCGAUCGCCGGCUUCCACGGUUCAGGCCGAAAAGCAGCCUGGUGGUCCCCCAUCCUGCUCGCCAUCCGCAACGCUGAAACAGGUCAACUGGAAGCAGUAACAAAAUGCAUGUCCGGCUUCACCGACGCGUUUUACAAAGCCAACCGUGCAAAAUACGACAAGGACGAUUCCGAAUGUGUGAACGUAAUAGGCGGGAAACCGAGUUAUGUGGAGUACAAUGGCGGUGCCGGGACGCCGGAUGUCUGGUUCGAGCCGCAGGAAGUGUGGGAGGUGGCAUUUGCGGAUUUGACGCUGAGUCCAACGUAUACUGCUGCUAUAGGGCUGGUGAGCGAGGACAGGGGGCUGAGUACGAGGUUUCCGAGGUUCUUGAAGGUGAGAGAAGAUAAAGGGAUCGAUGAGGCUACUGAGGCUGGCUAUUUGGCGGAGCUGUAUAGGAAGCAGGAGGCGAGGGGGCCGAUGGCGGACAAAGGUGGUAGGGACAAGGAAGAAGAGUGA